AUGGCUGAAAAACUUGAAGACCUAAAUUUGCCCAUGACUGUUGUCACACGAAUUGUGAAAGAAUCACUUCCAGAGGGUGUUGCUAUUUCCAAAGAAGCACGUACCGGUUUAGCAAAAGCUGCUUCAGUUUUUGUCUUAUAUGUAACUUCAGCAGCUACAAACAUUGUAAAAAAUAAUAAAAGAAAAGCAUUAACGGGACAAGAUGUUCUAGAAGCUAUGAAAGACAUUGAAUUCGACAGGUUUGUAGAACCUUUGACCGAAGCAUUGGAACACUACAAACAAGCCGUUGCAGCACGAAAAUCUGGCGCUGGAAAGAAGAAAGAAGAUGUGGAAGACGUCGAAAUGGUCGAGGAUGAAUAA